AGGCGCACUGAACGACCGCCGGCGAGAGAUCCCGUUGCCAUAGGAACUGUAUGAGACGAUGAAGCCCAUUCGACGUCUCCUGAGGAACAGCAAGUUUACGGAUACAGACGUCACUGGCAAAGCCAGCAUUUGUUGCCUGUUCUGAAUGGCCUAACAUGAAAUAGAAGUGCUGGAGUUACUCAGCAGGUCAGGUAACAUCCAUGAUCCAAUCUUUAGCAAAUGUGAAGCAUCUCUGGCUGAAGAACAGAUAAUUGAAGAGAAACAGGAAUGGAACCAGUGAGAGGCAGAUCCAGCCCAGGGGUGGUGUCGGCCAGUUGCAGGGAAGUUCUGCAUUUACCUCCAUGGAGCAUUAAAUAUAUUGCAGAAGCAUUCUGGGUUUUUAGUCUGAGGAGAUGUUGAUGACAAAUGCUUCAGGCAGGAUAGGCGCUGCUCUGGGACUGACUGCUGAUAGCUCGGGACAGUUUAUUGCUGCCCAUUACUUCUCUCAGCUUCACAAUUCCACUGAGAAUUUCUGUGUCACUUUCUUAUUGAGGAAUGGUUCUGCAAAGACCAAAAUCAACUCGUACAAUGGCAGCUGCACAGAGCUAAGAACAUCGCUUUGUCAUUCUGUUUAUUGGAUUUGUCGCAACUUUAUUGCAGCUACAUUUGAAAUAUCGAAGGAAUGAAGUAUCAGAAAUAUCUGAGUGUGUUGCAGCUCUCUCUGGGAAUAACUCCAUCAAACAGGAGCUCAGUGCUGCCUCACAGAAGGGCCUUGUGGUUGGUUCCAGACUGUUCUCCGUCACUUGGUGCACUGGACACUUGCAAACAAAGGAAACCGAAACUAUCAUUGAAAUGUGUCAAGACUCAAAAUCAACGUUGCAAAAGUCAUGGCCAUGGGAAAUUGCCAUUCUGUAACACAGUCAUGGAGGAGACGGUGAUAUGGGAACAGCAGACAGCCACGCUUCACAGGGCUCCUGGCUUUGGAUUUGGAAUUGCGAUAUCAGGAGGGAAGGAUAACCCCCACUUCCAGAGUGGGGAAACCUCCAUAGUCAUUUCAGAUGUUUUGAAAGGAGGACCAGCUGAAGGCUUGCUGCAUGAAAAUGACCGGGUUGCCAUGGUUAAUGGUGUUUCAAUGGAUAACGUGGAACAUGCAUUUGCGGUCCAGCAGCUGCGGAAAAGUGGAAAGAAUGCAAAAAUUACGAUCAGGAGGAAAAGGAAAAUUCAGAUGCCGGUGACUCGAGCAGAGCCGGAUCGACCGCCUGUAUCGGAGCCUGAGGAAGAUAGUUUUGAAGACGAGGAGGUUCAUGAUCGUAGAAGUGGACGAAGUGGGCGGAGUCCUUAUGUCGGGAGGAGGAAUGAGAAGAAGAUUGGGAGGCAUGAAGAUCGAGAGAGAAGCUUGUCACCAAGAUCAGAGCGACGAUCGGUGUCUUCACAUCUCCCACCUAAACCCAUUAAAGUGACAUUGGUAAAGUCAAGAAAGAGUGAAGAGUACGGUCUGCGAUUGGCAAGUCACAUUUUUGUGAAAGAGAUCUCUUCAGAAGGGCUGGCUGCCAAGGAUGGUAACAUCCAUGAGGGAGAUGUCGUAUUGAAGAUCAAUGGCACUGUUACAGAAAACAUGUCAUUGGGAGAUGCAAAGAAACUAAUAGAGAGAUCAAAGGGCAAACUUAAAAUGGUGGUACAGAGAGAUGAAAGAGCCACUCUCCUAAAUGUGCCUGAUUUGGAAGACAGCAUUCCUUCUGCAAAUGCUUCUGAAAGAGAUGAUAUUUCAGAAAUCCAUUCGCUGGUAUCUGAUCAUUCCAACCAUUCAAAUGAGAGGCCUCGCUUGCGCAGUCGUUCCCGCUCGCCUGACAAGCAGUCAGAUUGGUCUGACCACUCGCACCAUUCUCCACAGCCCAUCAGCAAUGGAAGUCAGAGGUCCCGUGAAGAUGAUGUGAUCAGAGGACCCAAACCAGAAGCAGUCUCAACACCAGUGAAGAACACGGACGAGGCAGUUAAAGUUGUUGAAGAGCCCGUUUCUGCAGUUGUUGAGGAGGGAACAGAGAAGCAAGCUCCUCCAUUGCCAGAGCCGAAGCCAGUGUACGCUCAGCCUGGGCAGCCCGAUGUAGAUUUACCAGUCAGUCCGUCCGAUGCACCUAUUCCAAACUCAACUCACGAUGAAGGGAUGCUGAGGCCAAGUAUGAAGCUGGUUAAGUUUAAGAAGGGUGAAAGUGUUGGACUCCGUCUGGCAGGUGGGAAUGACGUGGGAAUAUUUGUGGCCGGAGUUUUGGAGGAUAGUCCCGCGGCCAAAGAAGGUCUCGAGGAAGGAGAUCAGAUCCUCAGGGUCAACAAUGUGGACUUUGCAAACAUCAUCCGUGAGGAGGCAGUGCUGUUUCUGCUUGACCUGCCAAAAGGCGAGGAGGUUACCAUCCUGGCACAACAAAAGAAAGAUGUCUAUCGACGUAUUGUGGAAUCUGAUGUGGGUGAUUCUUUCUACAUCCGGACUCACUUUGACUAUGAGAAGGAAUCUCCCUACGGCCUGAGCUUUAACCGCGGUGAGGUGUUCCGUGUGGUGGACACGCUCUACAAUGGGAAGCUAGGUUCCUGGCUCGCCAUCCGAAUCGGCAAAAACCACAAGGAGGUGGAAAGGGGUAUCAUCCCAAACAGAAACAGAGCCGAGCAGUUAUCCAGCGUGCAGUACACACUUCCAAAAACGGCCGGUGGCGAUCGUGCUGACUUCUGGCGCUUCCGUGGACUUCGCAGCUCAAAGAGAAACCUGAGGAAAAGCAGGGAAGACCUUUCAGCUCAGCCAGUUCACACUAAGUUCCCAGCUUAUGAGAGGGUCGUCCUUCGAGAAGCUGGGUUCCUGCGGCCAGUGGUCAUCUUUGGAUCCCUUGCUGACAUUGCUCGGGAGAAGCUUGCCCGAGAGGAGCCAAACCUGUAUGAAAUUGCAAGGAGCGAGCCCAGAGAUGCCGGCACGGAUCAGCACAGCUCGGGUAUUAUCCGGCUGCACACAAUCAAACAAGUCAUUGACAGGGAUAAGCAUGCAGUAUUAGACAUUACUCCAAAUGCAGUGGAUCGGUUGAAUUAUGCUCAGUGGUACCCAAUUGUACUAUUUCUAAACCCUGAUUCCAAGCAAGGCGUGAAAACAAUGCGACAAAGACUCUGUCCCGAGUCUCGAAAGAGUGCUCGCAAGCUGUUUGAGCGUGCCUUGAAACUACGGAAGAACAAUCAUCAUCUGUUCACGGCGAACAUCAAUUUGAAUUCAAUGAAUGAUGGCUGGUAUGGGGCAUUGAAAGAAUCUGUCGAGCAGCAACAGAACCAGUUAGUUUGGGUAUCAGAGGGAAAGGCUGACGGUGCAGCAGAAGAUGACCUUGACUUGCACGAUGACCGUUUAUCGUACCUGUCGGCUCCAGGUAGCGAGUACUCCAUGUAUAGCACAGACAGUCGGCACACUUCCGAUUACGACGACACAGACACAGAAGGCGGUGCCUACACUGACCAAGAACUGGAUGAGACUCUCAAUGAUGAUAUUGGACUCACCGAGGCUGCCAUAACUAGGUCUUCGGAGCCAGUAAGGGAAGAUUCGUCGAUGAUGCACCCAGAAUCCAUGCCGCAAGCAUUCCCAUCUUUGCCAGUACAAGUGCACACUGUUGAUUCUUCUGCCUACAAACCUUUGCCGAAUCAACCGAAAGCAGAUAUUCUUCCUGCAGUACUCAGUUCAUCCCAGCAGCUUGAAUCUAUUCCUGUGGUGACAAUGUCCCCCACAGUCAAUGCCACAAUAGAUCUAAACAAUGUGAGACGUGAGGAGAUGGCCUCUCCCUCCCACAGCAGCCCUGAGCCUCACAUCGACCCCCACAGCAGCCCCAGCCCUGAGCCUCCAAGCUUCAUUAAUCCUGUCAGUCCAGAGAGGCUGAGAGAUGCAGAACCGGCAGCAACUCGAACUGCAGAACCAACAAAGAUGUACAAGGACUCGCACAACGAUGGCAAUCUGGGUCGUAAUUACGAGAUGAAGCAGCCGAUGGGCAACCACUCUGUACUGCGGUCUGAGAGAGCGAGGCCAAAUAAUGAACCUCCACAGCAGCAGCAGCAGCACAGGGAAUAUGAGCAGCAGCACUUUGAGGAGCAACCUUACAGGCAUCAAUCACAAGCAAAAUAUGAACAGCUUCCUCCAAGUUAUGGUUCUAUUUCACAUUACGAUGAAAACAUGCCCGGUUACAAUGACAAGUGGCCACAUUACCAUGAAAAGCACACUCCCUACCAACCUGCCCCCUACUAUGAGGAUCAGGAUCCACAGGACUAUGAGCCAAAGCACCAGGAACAUUACCCAGAUCGUGCCUACCCCCCACAACACGAUGACCCAUCGCCACCUUCAGGCCAUGAGAACAGACUGCCACGUUAUGAUAAGCCACUUAAAAAUUACAAGCCACCACAGCCGCAGUUCACUGACCCACUCCUGCACGGCUAUGACCCUCGGUCUCGAUAUGAGAGCAGUCAGCAGGCUUUCCACCCACCAGCGUCCAGAUCUCCAGAACCUCAGCAGCAGUAUUUUGAUCCCCAGCCCUAUGACCAGGGCCCACCUCAAGGCUACAACUCUCUCCCCCGCCAGCUGGAGCUGGUCCAUAACACGGAUGUCUCCUUCCCCCCUCCUCCUCCCCCCCACAGUAAACCUGUCGACACUCUGCAUUCGGUGGGUAGACAGCUUCCCCCUCCUGUAAAGCCACAGGUGGAGGAAGAUGUGGAUCCAGCAAUGAAACCGCAGUCAGUCCUCACCAGGGUCAAACUCUUUGAAAGCAAGACAACUACUUCAAUGAAGAGCAAGGACCCAGCAGAAAUAAUACCAGUAAGGUCUCCUGAAGUUGCUCCUAAGCCUGUGUUACCUCCUGCUCCUGUUGCUGCUGCUGCUUCCAAGCCAAUCUUUCAGUCUGCACCGGAGCAAGAAAAGCCUCCACAUUUGUACAGGAGCUCGGAGCCUCCAAUGAAGAUUCUUGAAGAAACUUUACGAUCAAACAGUUAUAGCGCAGAUGAAGAUGAGGAAGAUUAUCGGAAGCAAUUGUCUUAUUUUGGCCGCAGAAACGUUGAUCUGAAGCCUGUAACACAUCUCCCUCCCAGCAGCUUCCCAGAGCCAUCUAAAUCAUCUGACUUUAUGCAUCAGCCCAACUACCCCAGUUACCUGCCCAGGAACACAACGGCAGAGUUUGACCACGUGAUCAAGCCCAGCAUCGCUGAGAAGAGAUAUGAUUCUGGGUCCCAGCUGCCUGGCUUUCAGUCCCGUUAUGGACCUCCACUGCAACCUGUGCACCCCAAGGUGUCUCCAUCUGAAGUGAGUUCGAUGCCGCAGGAUAUGCCUAGUGUCCUACAACUGAAGCCUGAAAUGCCUCAAAUCAAAUCCCAGGCUCUGAGGCCCACUGCUCGAGAGGAACCUUCUCAUUCAAAUUUUUACCUUCCGAAAACCUUCCCUGUUUCUGACAGAGCCCCUGUGAAUGGGAUGGAGCAGCCUCAGAGGCAACCUGCCACAGCAUACAACCGCUUCACUCCAAAACCGUACACAAGUGCCGCACGGCCCUUUGAACGGAAAUUUGAGAGCCCAAAAUUUGAUCACAACCUCCUGCCGAGUGAUCCUCCACUACAGCCCAAGCCAGAGCCGCUGGUAAAAGCUCACGCCUCUCCACAGCACAUUGACUUCGACAGUGGCACAGACACAUUCCCCAGGUCGACGGACCACAGGCUGAAGUAUCAGACAAACAAUAUCCACCCUGUCCCUAAAGCAGUCCCUAUCAGUCCCAGUGCGUUGGAGGAUGAUGAGGAUGAUGAUGGCCACACGGUGGUGGCGACUGCCCGCGGCAUUUUCGACAGUAAUGGAGGAGUGCUGAGCUCCGUGGAGACUGGCGUCAGCAUCAUCGUCCCAAAGGGAGCCAUUUCUGAAGGAGUGGAGCAGGAAAUCUACUUCAAGGUCUGCAGAGAUAACAGCAUCCUCCCACCUCUGGACAAGGAGAAAGGUGAAACACUUCUGAGCCCGCUGGUAAUGUGUGGACCACACGGCUUGAAGUUCCUGAAGCCCGUGGAGCUGCGGCUGCCCCACUGUGCGUCCAUGACUCCAGAUGGUUGGUCUUUUGUUCUAAAAUCCUCUGACUCCUCGUCCGGUGAUCCUAAGAGCUGGCAGAACAAAUCUCUCCCAGGAGACCCGAAUUAUCACGUGGGAACAAACUGCGUCUCGGUCCUGAUUGACCACUUUUAAAGGAGCCAGUGGGUGACGGAGAGCAGUGCCAGUGGGUGGCACGGAGAUUGAAGCAAUAACUUCCUUUCACACAGUCGCAUGAGGCUGCGUGAUGACCUGAAAUGCAAAUAUUCACAUUCUAAGUGCUGUGAAUGGAGUUGCAGGCAAGCUUGCAAUGACCCAGUGUCUGAACUGUAACGUUUCCCCAGUUUCUGUUAACCAGCAGAGAUGCCUUGGCAUUAAUAGCUAUUAUUUACAAUACUAAAUUGAUUUUUCUAUAACUUUGCAGCCUAUACAUGUUUAUAUGGGUAACCAUGUCCUGGUUUAAAUGUAGAAGUUACAUUUCUAUGACCUUUAGUUAUGAAGAGCAAUUUGACGAGUGACCUGAUGGGUGUGGUCUGUGGCUGUACAUAAACCCCAGUAUCACCCUGACGCUCUGUUUGUAAAUUAACAUUUUUUAUGUCUUAUUUUGUAUAAAACAAAACUGAAAUCACUUUCUAAAGAGUAUCUUUAUAUUCUGCCAAUAUGGGGCCUUUUGAGCAGUUGUAAAAUUUGGAGCAAUAAAAUCAAUACUGAGAUUUAAAACAAAAUCACUGAAGUUUUUGCAGCUUUGCAUUAAUGUUGCUGUGUUCUUUGAGGAUGAUGUUUGUGUAAAGGCACGGGUCCUUUAUAUUUGAGAUAGUUGGCGUGCAGUGAGUGGGAUCUUUGGGUAAAGUGGCAGGUCACUGUACUAUGUGUCCCAAAGUGUAUUUUUGUACUAAUAGACAAUAUAUUCUGGCACAUCAGUACAUGGCUUGCUGGAGAUUCUAACACGGCAUCUGUUAACCACUUCACCAUUGAUGUAUGGCUGACUUGUUUUCUGAAGUUACUCAAACUACACCUUUCUAAAUAUACCACUAUUAUUGAAUAAAAACAUUUUUAAGGUA